CCAGGUGCACCAGAUUGACGACUACCUUCCGAUGUACUGGCCUGGCUACGGCAAAGAGAUCUAUCAUCACAUCUUCUGUCCGAUUACGGACCACAAGGUCCUUUUUGCUUUGGUGGAAAAGGCCUUUGCCAAGAUGUGUGGAUCUUAUGCAAACUUGAAGAGUGGUAUGUGUUACACAGCCUGGGCUCACCUCACGGGUUGCUGUGAAUGCGAGCAAUUCCGCACCUCACGUGAGAAGCCGCUGCACUGGGUGGUCACGGCCGAGAAGGGCAUCGCGGUGCGCGGCCGAGCCGAGCGAUGUAGCCCCCGUCUGGGUCGUUUGAGGUCGGGAGCUCGCUUUGAGGAAGUGGAGCGAUCCUUCAGCUGGAUCAAGUUCAAGAAGUUGGAGGGUGAUGGACCUGAUGAGGGUUAUCUCUUCUAUUACGAACAUGGUCAAAGAGUGGCGCAGCGAAGCACACCUUUGAAGAUUCAAAAGAUUGAAUAUCAAAUCGUCGACAAUCCUCGCGAUGACGACGUGGAGCAUUCCGAUGCCUUCAAGGUGAUUUCGACGGUGGACAUGGACUUGGAAGAGUACUGGAAGACUCUCUUGGCUUAUGAUCAAGCCAACUAUUUGAUGGGAACACACAUGACUGACCUCAAUGAUGAGAUGCCCUGUGGACUUGUGCCUGGCCAUGCCUACAGCGUCUUGAGCGUCGUCGAAGUGGAAGGACUCCGCCUGGUCCGAUGUCGAAACCCCUGGGGCAACACCGAGUGGAAUGGUCCUUGGAGCGAUCGCUGCGAUGAAUGGAUGGCGAAUCCAACGAUUGCGGAAGCUCUCAACGUGGAUUUACAAUAUGAAGGCUCCUUCUGGAUGGACUUUGAGGAUUGGGUCUACAUCAUGGGCGAGAUGCGCGUCACCAAGAAGAGCAUGCCUGGAAAGCGUGGAGCGUUGGACAUUCCCGUGCUGGACGAUUGAGUUUCCGCGCAGGGCACGCAGGGCACGGCGGCACGGCGCGUUUUUACGCGCCCGCAUAGGUGUAGUAUGUGUGAAGCUUCCGAUGGAGAAGCUGUGGCCCACCACUACGAGCUGCCAAAAAGGCAGCGCAAUGGUGGUGGAUGUUUCAUUGGAGACGUUUCGAGCACAAAGUGGCCUCCAAAAA